UACACAGCAACAGUAGAAAGAAAUCCUUAUACCCCACCGCCUAGAAAGGCUAAAACUCUGGUUUUGAAAUAAAGUUUGAAUUUUUGGUAUGGUAAAUAGUAAAUACCCCACUUUUAUCUCCAUUGGUGGUGGAUGACAAAUCUGGGAUGCAGAGGAACGAAUCAGAGAGGAAAAAGAUCGAAGCUUUCGAUUCUCUGUUCUUCUGAUUGAUCAUUGAUCGCUACUUAGAACUCAAGGAAACAGAGGUACGAGCCUGUAGAACAGACCCUGUUCAAGUAAGGUCGUGAUCAUUGAUUCGCCACUGCUCUCUCAUGGCUGGACAAACGGUUUGGUUGGUGGAUGGUCAGAGAAUUGCAUCAAAAAUAAAAAGUGCAUCUAGCGCAUGCAAUCCUCAAAGAGUUGUAUGGAGAAGCAACCCAACAAGAGCUUGUCCUAAUUGCCAACACAUCAUCGACAAUACUGAAGUAUCUCAAGAGUGGCCAGGAUUGCCUAGAGGAGUGAAAUUUGAUCCAUCUGAUCAAGAGAUUAUAUGGCAUCUGAUGACAAAAGUUAGUGAUGAAAAUUUGAAACCCCAUCCAUUUAUUGACGAGUUCAUCCCUACUGUUGAUAAGGAUGAUGGAAUCUGUUAUACACAUCCUCAGAAUUUACCAGGUGUUAAGCAAGAUGGAAGUGUAUCCCACUUCUUCCACAGAGCAAUCAAGGCAUACAAUACUGGAACUCGAAAGCGCAGAAAGAUUCAUGGGGAUGAUUUUGGUGAUGUCCGCUGGCACAAGACUGGCAGAACUAAACCAGUGGCAUUAGAUGGUGUUCAGAAAGGCUGCAAGAAGAUUAUGGUUCUCUAUGUAACCAUGGUCAGAGGUAUAAAAGCUGAGAAGACAAAUUGGGUGAUGCACCAAUACCACCUAGGAACUGAAGAGGAUGAAAAGGAAGGGGAAUAUGUCAUCUCAAAAAUAUUUUACCAGCAGCAACAAAAUAGGCAGGGUGAUAAAAUAGAGCAAGAUUUACCUGAGAUCACUGACCCAGUCAUAAAAGUAGAUCCAGUCACUCCCAUGUCUGUGACCCCUGAGCCUCCAUGUACUGAAAGGCGAUUUCCUGCCCUUGAAUUGGAACAGGAUGAUACUUCUAAUUAUAUCGAUCCUUUUGCUCAGUAUGCAGUAUGUGAGGUUCAACCUGAAUCUGAAAAUCCUUGCUGCAACGACCAACCCAAUCCAGAAAGUCAUGCUGAUCAGAUGCCUGAUGAUAAUAACAAUGAUCAUGCAGAGGACGAUCCAAAAUGGUGGGAGGGAGAGUCUCAGUGUCUGUUGGAUUCACAACAACUUGUGGAAGGGCUAUCUAUUUGUGAUGAACUCCUUCAGAGCCAGUCUCCAAAUAGGGAUGUAAAUGGAGAUGAUGGAUCACUGAAUAGCAAACCCUGUCUUUCUGACUAUGCUCAACUAGGAGCAGAGCAUCUAAAGAAAGAUCUUGAGGAGUGUCAAAAUUUUGAACUUGAUCCAGCAAACAUAGAAAUUGAUACACCACCAGAGUUCCGUCUCAGUCAGCUUGAAUUUGGAUCUCAGGACAGCUUUACUGCUUGGGGCAGUGGGAAGGUAAUUGAUAUUGAUUGAAAAUCUUCAUCUUGUAUCAAGGAGGAGAAGUAAAUAUUUUGUCAAAACUUCAGUUGAAUUAUCAUCCUUGGGCUGAAACAUGAACUGUAAAUUUUUGUUAGACAGCUUAUACUGUAUUUAACAAGGAUGAAGAUGCUGUACACUUUUUGCCAGGGAGGAGCUAGCUCCACCUUAUACCUGUAGUCCUUCUGUUUGAUACAUCAAGUCGCAUUGUGCUUCUCUUCUACGGAUUGUCUGUCCUUUGUUUCUUGUGCUCAUGUGAACAAUUUUGUCACUGCAAUGGGUGAUUUUGCAGUAUCAAAAUCUCUGACAGAUUGGUCUGGUUUUGCUUGACAAAUACUGUGAAAUGUUAAUGAUACAAGGCCGUACUGUUUUAUGGCAAUGUGUAGGCGACCAAGCAACGCAUCUUGGGUACAAUCUAGUCUGGACUGAAAAUUUUCAAUCUUAACCAUGUUGUGUUUCUAGGAAAGAAUGGUUUGUCCUGUGGACCAUCAAAUUGUAGGAAGAAACACCUCUGUCAACAUCAUAGAGACGUUUAAUGGAUGGAUUGAAUGAACCAAUUAAGGGCAG